AUGAGUCAAGUUGAUUUGCGUACCCUGCUUGCAUGUAGUAAUUGCCUCAUCUCGUAUCUGCACACCGCUCUCCUGAAAGUUAUAAAAGGACCUGGGAUUUCCCCUGCUCUAAGUUUUUCUUCUCUAUCUACUGAUCAAUUGUCACUCGCUAUAAUGCAAUUCUCUACCGUCGCUGCUAUCUCUGCUUUGUCUGCCACUGGUUUGGCUGCUUACGUCAACACCACCGUUGUCUCUAACGUUACCGUCACUGGCUACACCACCUACUGCCCAUACGCUACCGUUGUCACCAUCACCAAGUGUGAGGACGUCUGCAAGCCAACUGCUAUCACCGUCACUGGCCCAACCACCUUGACCAUCACUGCUCCAUGCAUUGUCCCAACCACCAAGGUCGUCCCAGCUACCUCCACCGUCCCAGCCACCUCCGCUGCUACCACCAAGACCACCGUCGCUUCUGUUUCUACUUUCGCUGCUGGUGCCGGUAAGCAAGCUGCUGGUGUUGCUGCUGGUGUUGCCGCUGUUGCCGCUGCUUUGUUGUAA